UUACAUUUCCACACAUGCAUCCUCUCCUUCCCUUCCUUUUUCUCUCUUUCUUUCUCUCUUUCGUUGUAUCUUUUGAUCAUGGAGAAUUUCCCAUUAGUACUAGAACAACACACACAACCAUCUUCUUCCUCAUCACUACACACCAAACAUGGUUAGCAACUCCCAACUCUUUAAUCAGAUACAAAGCACUAGUUAUGGUGAGCAUGGAGAGGAGUUGCAGGAGAAGAAGAAUAAUAAGAAGAAGGGGAUAGAGAAGAAGGAGAGGAGUCAUCGGUACGCCUUUCGAACAAGAAGCCAAGUCGAUAUACUCGAUGACGGAUAUCGGUGGAGGAAGUAUGGACAAAAGGCUGUGAAGAACAACAGGUUUCCAAGAAAUUAUUACAGGUGCACACAUGGAGGUUGCAGUGUAAAGAAGCAAGUGCAACGUUUAACAGAAGAUGAAGGAGUGGUGGUCACCACUUAUGAAGGAGUGCACACACAUCCCAUUCAGAAAUCCAGUGACAACUUUGAACAAAUUCUCCAGCAAUUGCAAAUCUAUAGAUCACUUUAA